CGCGCCGGCCGGGACCUGUCACUCAGCGGUUGCCCCGGGUGCCGGGGGUUGCCAUGGCGCGGCGGGUUCCAUGCUGACGUUGCACGUGUUGGUUUGCUCUCGGCUGGCGGCGGCGAUGAGGAACGGGGCGGCGGCGGCCGGCAGUCUGGUGAGGGUGCGCCGGCUGCGGCAGGCGGAGCCCGGCCAGCCCGCGGAUGCCGGGCCCAGGCUGAGUCCGCGGCCUUGGGCUGGAGCAGGCGAUUGGAAUGAGGCAUUGAGGGAAACUGUAAGUGUUCUCCAGUGUGGUCGGGUAGUGGCAGUUCCAACAGACACUAUCUAUGGAAUUGCCUGCCUGGCACAGAACUCCGAAGCUAUCCGAAGAAUUUAUGAUAUUAAAGGACGGAAUGCAGACAAGCCAUUAGCUAUCUCUGUUGGAAAUGUUGAAGAUAUUUAUAAGUACUGUAAGGUCACUGUUUCUGACCAGCUAUUAAGAGAUCUUCUGCCAGGACCUGUAACAUUGGUUUUUAAGCGAUCAGAGGAGUUGAAUAAAGAUUUAAACCCUUUCACUGAUUUGGUGGGUGUACGUAUUCCAAGACAUUCGUUUAUGCAGAAACUGGCACAACUGUGUGGUGAACCUCUGGCUUUGACAAGUGCCAACGUCAGCUCUCAAAACAGCACUCUGACUCCGGAGGAAUUUAAAGAUCUUUGGCCUUUGUUGGAUCUUGUUGUUGAUGGUGGGCCUAUUGGUGAUACGAUGAGCCCUGAAUGUCGGUUAGGAUCAACAGUAGUUAACUUGGCCACACCUGGAAAAUACAGCAUCAUCAGGCCUGGUUGUGCAUUUACAACAACAGUGGAAAUCCUCCAGAGGGAGCAUGGAAUGUCCGCAGAAUGCUAAGACUGAUAGAAGCUUUAUCAGAAACAGUUUCUUUGCUCUAUACAAAACGCACAACCUAUUGACUUCAUUUGUUCUUGCAUCGAGGUUUGGAUUCCAAAAAAACAUUUGCAUCUGCAUUGCUUUAAUGAUGGUUGUGCUGUGUAUGCACUUCCUAAUCCUUGCAACAUCUACUGAUUGACUUCCCAUUAUACACUUACUCUCCUGUUGGUCUUACAUAAUGCAGGUUAAGGAACAAAGUCUUAUCCCAAGAAUAACUUGGGUCUGAGCAUGGAGCUCAGGGCUGUUGUCAUCCGCUCUGGUUGCAGUAAUCUUGAUGUAAUGGGAUGUCUUUUGCGAAAUGGAAUUGAUCAAGAUGGAAUACUUAAAUAUUGUGCACUUUUGUCACUUCCUGGGUUCUACAUCUGCCUUUCAUAAGAUACAGCUACGAGAAAAUCUGCUGAUACUGGAAAUACAAAGCAAUACAAACAAAAUGCAGGAGGAGCUCAGGAGGCCAGGCAGCAGCUAUAGGGAAAAAAAGUAAACAGUCAAUGUUUCAGGUCGUACUGGAAAGUAAGGGGAAUAGUCGGACUAAGAAGGUGGGAGGAAGGGUGGAAGUAGUACAGUGUGGGCCCAUCACUUCCCUCUGGUGCUCCUCUACUUCCCUUUCUUUCAUAGUCUUCUGUCCACUCCUAUGAGAUUCCUCCUUCUCCAGCCCUUUAUCCUUUUCAACAAAUUCCCAGUUCUUCACCUCACCCUCGCUCCUCACCACCUAUCACCUGCCUCCUUGUACUAAUUUCUCCCCUCCUCCCAUCUUCUGAGCCUGACUUUUCCUCUUCUUUUUCAGUCCUGAUGAAGGGUAUCAGCCCAAAACAUCGACUGUUUGCUCUACCCGUUUGCAUAGAUACGGCCUGGCCUGCUGAGUUCCUCCAGCAUUUUGUGUGUGUUGUUUAACAUACAGCUGUUAAUCAUUUUUAUACUAUUUCCAUUUUCAUACUUGACUAUUUGUGUGAUGUUCUGUCUGGAGUCUUGUAAGACUGACGAUGUUGUAGCUUUGAUUUUAUCAGUAGUCCAGCAACUACUGAAUGUGAGUUCAGUUUGAAUAUUUCUAUUCCAGUGAAUCAUAAGGAGUAAUUUUAAAUUAGGUCUUGCCUGGUUUUUUUUUAUUCAUAGUUAAAAGAAAGUUGUUACCUCUUAUGAGCUAUGGCAAGUGUAAGUGGUUUUGCUUGGGAAUAAAAUUAACGUUUACCCGGCCAUGGCCAAUGUGAAUCUAGGAUAGGUAAUAUAUUUUGCGCAUGACUUAACCUUAUCAUUUCUGUAAAUAUGACUGCUAUUUGUGCAUAUUUCUGAUUUUCAGUUUAAGAACUCAGCAUUACAAUGAAACUAUGCUCUUAGUCUUGGAAGUUGGGUGAUUAUUUGAUUUAGUUUCAGCAAUAAUUCUAUAUGACAUUAGGAUAAAAUUUGCUCAGGCAGCAAUGUAACAGACUAUCAAAAAUGCAUUUUGAAUAAUUUAAUAGCUUUAGCCUACUUUUAAUAACCCUGGGGUCAUACAUUGCUCUUUGAAAGAUUUCAGGAUAUUGUCACAUGUUAUAUAAGAAUCUUAGAACAAAAAUAAAGGGGGAGGGGUAGGAAUUCAUGUUUUGCAAAGCAAAGUGGAAGGGCACUUCUGAACUGGUCUAGCCAUGCAUGUGUUAUAGCGUCAAGUGUAAUUUGGGCCAACCUUCCCAUCAUGGAAGGAAUGCAGUGUUAUGUACUCCAACAUUCCAGCCGCUUGUGUUUGCAGGCCUUUCCUUCAUUUACAGUCUGCCAUUUGGCAAGAUUGGUCAUUACCUUCCUGGUACUAUGGAUGACUUUGUUUCACAAGGUCUCUUAAAUUGUCAAUAAAUCUGUACAUUUCAGGGUAAAGCACUUCUCUGACCUGGCUGUGCAGGUGCUUUCUUAACUAUCAUUCACUGUGUAGCUGCCUGACAAUUGCUUAUAUUGGUGUCAGAAGGAAGUAUUGUACUUAUAUAAAUUUCUCAGACAUUUCCAUAUUCAAUGUAGAAUAAUGCUAUUCCUCAAGUACCUCUGAACUUUGUAAAGUUAAUUUUAUCGACCAUAAGCUAGUAUGAUAUGUUACUUUUAAGCAAUAAUUUCAUAGUAGUCAUCUGUCCACAUCAGCUUCCAUUUGUAUUGACUAUGUCAAUAAAC